AUGCAGCCUCCCGUCCGAGCUGUCCGAGCCCCCUUCGAGCGGGCACCUACUUCUCAAAACCAUCCUGGGACAAGUCGUGAGGCCCCGCAUUGUCAUCUCAGCGAGCGCCCAUCUCAUUAUUCAACUACUAUAUGUACUCCAGCUUCCGAAGUCGCGGAAGUGCUGGAGACAGAAGACUUGCUCCCUACUGAGCCCCUUCCGGACGAUGACGACGCGGAUGCCGAUACUGAUGAGGAUGACUGUGACCGACAGAUGCCCGUGCGAAUGCUCACUGAGUUCUGUGCAUUCCAGGAGUAUGAAGGCCGGCGCGUGAUUCAGUCUCUAGAGGACUACUCGUCAACCCGUCUCCUAGCCGUCGGCUAUGCGACGCCGUACUUCUGGGACCCGGACGCUGGUCACGACGAAGAUCUUGCACACAGCGCCGUUCGCUUACGAACGACCCCUAUUCGUGACAUAUAUGUUCACUAUACAGAAUAUGACCGGCUCAUUUGGAUCAAGACCGCUCACGCGUGGUAUGUACUUUGCGAGGCCAGCGCAGAGUAUCGAGAGCAGUACACGCCCUUUGCGAACAAGCAAUUCAGCCUGCAGCUUCUUGGCUCCAUGGCAGCUCAUCGUCAAGUUUCUCUUGAGGAGUACUAUGAUGUUCUUGAACGCGAGAUACCGGGAUAUGAAUGUCGAGAGAUAAAUCUGCAAGACUUCACGACCUUAUUGAGCCAGCUCACUUUGGAAGAGGGCCAGUCAUUCCUCUGCAGCCCGCUGAUACACGCUUUACGCAAAGAAUAUGGUUCCCUCGACAAAGAGAUGCUGCCACCGCCCUCUGCUACUCGUGCGCCCAGGUGUCGACCCAUCGUCUAUAACGGCAGCCCGCGCAACCUUGACGAGUACCAUCUCCAGCAUGAACAGUCGACGCGCACUUGUGUCUCGCCCUUCGUCGAUCGUUUGAGGCAAAAGUACCAUCCAUCGUGGGCGGUGGACAGCAUAGUUACCCGCUGGGAAUGCGACGAAGACAAACUUUUCGAACCAAGCGCUCAGCGCAAGGCAGCGGAACAUCAGCAUCUUCUCAAUUGUGUAAGGCGCGCACGCGACGAUGUCGACGACGAAGUCAGGGUGCUUAGCCGCAAUAGCGAGGGCGAUGUUAUCGCUGUUCGUGUUGGCUCUGAGACUUAUUCCAUUGGAGAUGUUGUGGUGUUCUAUCCCACGUCUUCAUGGAAAGGCGAAAAGUCCGACCCACUCCCAAAAGAAGACAGCGAGAUUCCUGUUGGAACUCGACUGGAGGAUCUAGUCUUUUGGUUUGCUCGAUUGAUCUCUAUCGAGGAGCCUCUCCCACCUAAGAAGAAGUCCAAAGGCAAGAGCAAGUCCACCUCUAGCGGAAGCGACCAGAUGCUAUGCCACGUUGUCUGGUUCGAACACGCAGCUCGUACAUUCGUAGGCGACGAAGCGGAUCCACGCGAGCUGGUGUUUUGGCCACAUCAGUGUGACGAUCAGCCUUUGGCGGCCAUUCACGGCAAGGUGGGUGUACACAUGAUGUACGAGUCGGGUGUUGUCGCCGAUCUUCCCGUCGACUGUUCUUACUUCUGUCGAUUCGAGUACACAGCGGUACUGGGCUAUCGGUCCAUUCCUCCUCCUCCUCCAUUUGACAUGCCGCUCUGCAUGAACUGUUCUACCCGAAGUUUACGACGACUAGAGGACGACUGCACUCCCCUCAUGGUUGAGGUCGGAUUCCGAAUGCACGGGCAGCUCUACCACACUGACGACUGCUGUCUCUUCUAUGCGUCCGACGAGCCCAGCUUACCAGGAAGUUUAGCACUGGCGAGGAUUGGGCAGAUCGUGUCUUACCACGUCAAAACAAGUUUCUUGGAGUUGAGGGAGUUCGGACGUAUCGCGGACUUUGCAGCAUGUCUGGGAGACGAGAGAGUCGAGCGCAGUUGGGAUGCACAACAACUCUUUGUCGGGCCGCUCGUCCAGGUCCAUCCUGAGGACGUCGUGGGGCCUUGCAAAGUCUCGCAUCGCAAUGCCAUUCCCCAAGGAGAUGUUGUUUCAUACGUUUCGGCCUCUUCGACCAACUUCUGGGUUCGUUAUAAAUCUUGGGAUGAGUCCCUGGAUAUCGCCUCUGCCGACGACCUUGAAGAGUUGGAACCCGACGACGUCCCGUCAUGCAGCGGGUGUACUCACAACCACACAGACCGUGAAAGCAACCGCGAGGUGUUUUGCAGUAUGAAUCACGGUCGUAAAUGUCUUGAUCUGUGCGCUGGGGCUGGGUUGCUCGGUGCAGGCUUGAGAGAAGGUAGUAAGGGCGUCUAUGACGUAACACAUGCUGUCGAGAUCCGACCGCCUGCUGCACAAACUAUCCGCAAUAACCAUCCCUGCACAAAGGUCUAUAUGACAUGCAUGAGUGCGCUCUUGGACUCUAGCAUCAAAUGGCAUAGUGGCGAUCAAAGCGCGUACAAAAAGCUCAAUGCCACUGAUGGAAGCGGUCUCCCCGAUACCCCUCCUCAGCCUAUGGACAAGAUCGACACUAUCGCUGGCAGGAUCCCAAUGCAGUCACAUCCUGGCUUGAACACAUAUAGGAGGCCAAAGGACAAGGAGGCUGACCUGAUGUUGUCUUUCCUAUCCUGGGUUCACUUCAUUCGGCCCAAUCGGAUCAUCCUAGAGAACGUCAGGGGAUUUAUGGACUUCGCUGUCGAUAGUGCUUCCUUAGAUCCCAAGGAAUGCCGUGGAAGCAGCCUUCGGUUUCUUGUCAACGUUCUGAUGCGCCUCGGGUAUCAGGUACAGUUUUGCCUUCUCAACGCCGUGCACUAUGGUGCCCCACAACAUCGUGUGCAGUUCUUCCUUUUCGCCGCGAAGAUCGGCUUUUCCUUGAUGCACACGCCUAAACCGACACAUUAUCACCCCAGUGAGGCCGUGAACUUGACAUACAGCCAUCUUAAUACCGAGGGCCAGGAUGUCAAGCUAUCUGCGCUAGAGACUCGACAGUAUCGCGUUCCGCUGCGCUACAUCUCCGUCUGGAAUGCGAUCAGUGACCUUAUACCGUGGGAUCUAGAAUCUCCAGAUCCCCGUGUCGAGAGGCAUCGCGCGGAAGACCAAGAAGAUCUCACGGAGCUCCGCGAACAUCUCGUCGCUUUGUGUGGGGAGAUACUCGAGUACCCGCAAUUGAACAUCAAAGACGGCAUGAUCGGUCCCCAGGUCGAGACGUUCUCAACUCUCGAUUCGUAUCUGAGAUCGCCGCGCUCGACAUUCCAAGAGACAAUGCGCCCCAACGAUAAGGAAGUACGCGCAUUGCAGCACUACUCGGUGACGAUCGGCAGACCCAUGACUCAGUUAGUUCGCCUUGUGCCACUUGUUCCUCGUGCCGAUUGGCAAGACAUACCGUGUGAGCUGGUCGAGAGAUUCGCAGAUUCUUCCCGUUGCAAGAAGGAUUGGAAGAAGGGCACUAUCGGCCGCAUCGACAAGGAUGGGGUCUUCCAGACGAUCGUCACGAAUGUCCACCCUCUUGCGAAGCAGGGAUGGGUCCUGCAUCCCAUCUGCCGCCGUAUCUUGACCGUUCGAGAGCUGGCUCGCGCUCAAGGCAUUCCGGACUGGUAUUACAUUUACGCUCCUGUGGACCCGGAUCAUGGUGUCAUCACCCGCGCCGGGGUUAUCGAGAUGCACCGUCAGAUCGGAAACGCCGUUCCGCUGCCUUUGGCCACUGCAAUUGGACGUGCAUUACUCGAAGCUGAGUUCGAGCCUUGGUAUGCGUUACCGUAUCAUGAGCGGAUGGCUCCGUUCUUGGACUAG